UACAGUCGCGCCGUGAAUGGGAGUCGUUAGGACAAUCGAGUUACAAUGCAUUUGUUCGUUGGCCGAACUGUACCUUGUCCUACAAAUUGUGAUUUACAUUCAUUAUUGAGACUUAGUCCCGCGCUAUGGGCCAGUGAAAAUGCACACGGCAUUUUAGUUGUUUUUCUCUCUCUGCUUGAUAAACAUGGCGGCAAUGAAACCGCGUGCAAAAUAACACGCGAGAGUUCGAUUUUUAAACUCAUGUUUUUUUAAUUGUUAGUGGCCAGUUUGUUUAGUGCGAGUGUAGUGCUGUGUAAAUAAAAAAUAAAAAGAAAAAAAUAUUUUUAUAAUAUUUAAAAUAGUGUUGUGAUAAUGAGCAAUAUUUAAAUAAUAAAAAAGAAAGUGAAAUAUAUUAUUAGUGCAGUGGCAUGGCUUCCGAAGAAAAAUCGAUAAAAACUCAUUUGGACGAUGUGUUGGGAAAGUUUACAAUGUUUGGUCCCUACCAUGGGCAGUUGAUGUUAUUAUUAGGCCUAGCCUAUGCCUCAAAUUCAGCUUAUUGCUCUAAUUAUGUGUUUGCGGUUGAAGAAGUUGCAUAUAGGUGUAAAGAUGAAACGUUUGCAGACAAUAUGUGUGGUACUAUCAAUGGGACGUCGUGCACAGAAUGGGUGUAUGAUAAAACUGAGAGUUUUGUUGCCGACUUUCAGCUUGCCUGCCAGGAUUGGAAAAGGACUUUGGUGGGAACGGUCCACAGUCUAGCUUAUAUGAUUGGGCUACUUAUUGUUGGUCCUUUAUCUGACAGAAUAGGAAGAAAAGCCUUGAUAGUAGCAACAGGCGUACUGGGUGGAGUCCUGGGUAUCGCCAGGAGUUUUGUCACCUCGUAUUGGUUGUAUAUAGUUCUGGAGUUUCUGGAGUCAGCUUUCGGAGAUAUAUGCUCACCAGCUUAUAUAUUGAAUAUAGAGAUAAUAGCAACUACCAAACGCGUCCCCUACUACAUGCUAUGCGCUAUUGGGUACAGCGUAGGUGGCAUAUUAAAAGCCCUCGUAGCCUGGAUGGUUCCCGACUGGAGAAACUUCCUACGAGUCCUAUACGGUCCAGCACUCCUCUUCUUCUUGUACAUAUUCUUAAUAGACGAAAGUCCAAGAUGGCUUCUAAUAAAGGGUAAAAAGAAAGAAGCAGUAGAUAUUAUAGAGAAAAUGGCAAAAAAGAACGACAUUACAAUAGACCAGAAGGUACUAGAUAAUCUAGUGAGUGAUACGAAACAAGAAGAGAAUGUAGAAUUUGGAACUGUUUUGAAGAGUACAUUUACUUCUGGGGCCUUGUUUAAGAGGUUCAUAGUCUGUGUGAUAUGGUGGACGACUUCUACGUUUGUGAACUAUGGAAUGACAAUCACAUCUGUGUCCUUGCAAGGGAACAUAUAUUUGAACUUUGCUUUAGUAUCUAUGACUGAUGUUCCUGGAAGUUUUAUAGCUAUGUACGUGCUGAUGAAGUAUAAUAGGAAGAUCCCGUUGAUUGUCAGCUUCUUGUUGGCUGGUGUGUUUUGUGUUGGACAACCGUUCUUGCCUACAAAUUAUGAAUGGCUGUCAAUAACAAUGUUCCUGAUCAGCAAGUUGAUGGUGACUCUGUACUUCACCAUCACCUACAUGUAUACUUCAGAAUUGUUCCCCACAUACACGAGGAACUCUAUGCACGCGUUGUGCUCGUCUUUGGGCAGAGUGGGGUCUAUAGUUGCACCGCAGACACCGCUUUUGACGGUAUACUGGCACGGUCUCCCAUCACUAGUAUUUGGAAUCUCAUCGCUUGUGGCAGGAUUUGCCACUUUCCUAGUACCUGACAUCGCCAAUGAUGCAUUACCUGAUACUGUCAAAGAAGCUGAGGCGAUAGGACAUAAAGACAAACCAAUUCUACCUGAAGACAAGACAUCGAAAGUAAAUCAUGACGUAGUGAAUAAAAGUUUUGACUGGAAAGAGUAGAUGCAGAGAAUUUGUGAUUGUGUGUUUGUUUGUUUGUUCGUUGGUCUUUUUGUACAACGAAUUGACAUGAAUUUCAUAGAGGUCUAUAGAAUAAUAAAUAAGCAUUUUUUCCAUCAAGACAUAAUGUAAUGGAAUAAAUAAAUUAUGGACAAAAUGAAACAGGUAAAGCGUAGUGAUGAUAUUAUUAUGCAUAACUGAAUUUAAGUUAAAGUGGUAAGAUUUUACUCAAAUGCUGAUUUUCAUCCAACUUUACAAUUAAUGUUUUAUGCAGAAUCUGAUGUGUGUAAAUGCUUAUUUAACCAUACACGAAAAAUGUAUGACUGUAUUUUGAUUUUAAAAUUAAAUUUUAUAAAAUUAUCGUUACUUUACAGUACAAAUUACGUUAGUCGUAAAGUAUAUUUUCAAUAGAAUUAUAUAAGUUUUUAAC